CAGCUCUGUGACAUACUGCCGAAAGGUUGUAGGGCAAGAGGGUGUCUCCCCCAAACGGCCCGACCCUCCUUCGGCCUCUACAUGGACUAUAAUAGGAUGAGUUCCUUUUUAGAGUACCCACUUUGUAACCGGGGACCCAGCGCCUACAGCGCCCCAACCUCUUUUCCCCCCUGCUCAGCUCCGGCCGUUGACAGCUACGCAGGGGAGAGCCGCUAUGGUGGAGGGCUGCCUAGCUCAGCGCUCCAACAAAACUCGGGGUAUCCUGUCCAGCAGCCGCCGUCAUCCCUGGGGGUGUCCUUUCCCAGCCCCGCUCCCUCGGGGUACGCCCCAGCCGCCUGCAACCCCAGCUAUGGGCCUUCUCAGUAUUAUUCUGUGGGUCAGUCGGAAGGAGAUGGAAGCUAUUUUCAUCCGUCGAGCUACGGAGCCCAGCUAGGGGGGUUGCCCGACAGCUAUGGAGCGGGUGGAGUCGGCUCAGGGCCAUAUCCUCCGCCGCAGCCCCCAUACGGAACUGAGCAGACCGCAACCUUUGCAUCAGCCUACGACCUCCUCUCUGAGGACAAGGAAUCGCCUUGCUCGUCAGAACCCAGCACUCUCACUCCCCGGACCUUCGACUGGAUGAAGGUCAAGAGAAACCCACCUAAGACAGGUAGGGCUCAGAGGAGCCACUUCCUCUCCUUGGCUCGGGCAUACACAGAGGGGCCUGAGCCAGGGCUUCAUUCAUUCCUUCAGCUGCUUUUACUGGCAGCGAAGGUGUCCGAGCUGGGACUGGGCGCUCCCGGCGGUCUCCGCACAAACUUCACCACGCGCCAGCUGACGGAGCUGGAGAAGGAAUUUCAUUUCAACAAAUACCUGAGCCGUGCCCGGAGGGUGGAGAUCGCCGCCACCCUGGAGCUCAAUGAAACGCAGGUGAAGAUCUGGUUCCAGAACCGGCGCAUGAAGCAGAAGAAACGCGAGCGAGAGGGGGGCAGGAUGCCUGCAGGCCCCCCAGGUUGCCCAAAGGAAGCCGCUGGAGAUGCCUCUGACCAGUCCGCGUGCACCUCCCCAGAAGCCUCGCCCAGUUCCAUCACCUCUUGAAUUGAACUUCCUAAGUAACUGGGCUUCCAACGCUUGACCAGUUCUCUCGAAGACUUUCCCAAACUUCACAGCCUUGGUGACCCUCCUCAAGGCCGAGGCACCAGUUUAGAGCUGCCCAGGAAACUGGGCAGGAGUUGGGAAAUGUAUUUUUCUCUCUCUCAGAUCUAGGGGUGGAGGGAUGAUUGAUGGCUGGGGAUCCUACAGGUCUUGGGACCUGGGGAACACUCAACUCAUCAGAGGUCGAAGGAAGGCCUUUUGGCUUUGAUCUGGAGUCAGCCCAUCCUUUCGGGCUUCUCCUUUCCCUUCCAACUCAGUUCAGUGCCUUUGAGCUUAGAGAGUUCUUCUUUCGAAUUCUUAGCCCAACUCUUCUUUCUAGGUCUGGGAUGUCUAGGCUGGGAGUCCUUGGGGUUUUUCUGGGGGAGGAUGCGUUUGAGUGUGAGCCCAAUCGCCACCAACCCUUAAUCUUAAUCCAGCCAACUCACCGCAGACCUUACAAUAGCAGACCUUACAAUAGCACCGACUGCCUUGUGACAUACCAAAAAAAAAAAAAAACAAAAAAAACAAAAAAAAACAAAACAAAACAAAAAAAAACAAAAAAAACCCCACAAAAACAAAAACAAAAAAAAAAAACAACCUUACUCCCAAGUAAUCCCACAACCCUUUUCCUGGCACAUGUCUUUUGCACUAAUGCAGCCCUCAGAGGCUGGCUUACGAGACUCUCCCCUUCCCACUGGCAUCACAAAAUCACCAAAGUGUUUUGGAACUUGGCACUAUGGAGAUUUCCAGAGCAUCAUUGCAAGGACUGCCUCAAGCAAGCCUCAACCAAGAAGGGGCGAAUACCCCCUCCCAACUCCCUAUUUAUUACCUCCGGAAAAGCCCACCCCCCAAACCUCCCUCCCCAGCCCAUUCUCCUUUCCAUAAAACCACCCUACCCCUGGGGCAGUCUGGGGAGGCCCAGGAAUGGUGACAGAGUUUCCAGUCUCUUCAGACAUUUCUCCAAACCCCGGAGACAGCAGAGAGGCCACUUGAGUUUCUAGAAAACCAAGCUCCAAGCAAGCCAGGUUCUCUUUGUAUCUGCAACUACCUCAUUGCAAUAAAGUCUGUUUUUCUCCCUC